AUGGCGCCCGAAGAAUCCAUGGACGUAGACGCCCGCUCUCCCUCCCCGCACUCGAAAUCCAAACCCGCCAACUCCGGUAACGAAUCCCGCACAACGACAGGCGCAGUCGCAGUCCGCAGUAUCGAGGGCUGGAUCGUCAUGGUCACGAACGUGCAUGAGGAGGCGAGCGAGGAGGAUCUCCAGGAGUUGUUUGGCGAGUAUGGCGAGAUUAAGAAUUUGCAUAUGAAUCUGGAUCGGAGGACGGGGUAUGUGAAGGGCUACGCGCUCGUGGAAUUCCCCACGCAGAAGGAAGCAAGAGCUGCGAUUGAGGGGGCCAAUGGGACUAAGUUGCUCGAUCAGACUAUUGGAGUUGACUAUGCGUUUGUGAGACCGCCGCCUAAAGAGGGGAAGGGUGGGCAGCAGAGAGGUGGUGGGAAGGGUGGGAAGGGGAGAGAUGGGGGGAGGGAGAGGAGUAGGAGUCCUAAAGGGGAGCGCGGGGAUGAGUGA